AUGAAGAUGCUCCAAGCGAUACUGGGUACAGUACUAUCGCCCGAACACAGCUAUAGUGAAAUUGAAGAUGCCGAGCCCGCCUCUGCUUUGGACACGCUCACGGAAGAGACAUUGGAUGAUCAAAUGUGGCUAAGUAACAACCUUGACAUGGAGUUUUGGACCAGUUUGGAGGGCCAUCCGCUGCUUGCCUGCGCGGAGUUGGCGUAG